CAAUUUUCUUUGCAGUCUUUUAGCAGAAAGGUUCUUCUUUUCUUUCUUUUUUUUUAUAUUUUACUGUGCUUCAAAUCUCCCACUUCUAGCUUCACUUCCGGAGUUCUGGUUCUGUGUCAUCUUCUUGCUUGGGAAAAAAAGAAAGAAAGAAGGAAUCGUCUGGUGCCAUAGACAAUGAAUGAACAUCUGGGUGUUUUUGAUGUUCUAUGAGAAAUUGUUGAAUCAGGUGUAGCUCAGACCUAAAAUACCCUAAAAAAAAGGAUGAGACUGAGAAGUUCUAAUUCCUUUGAGAUGGAAAAGAGGAGUGGGAAUGUGCACUCGCCGGACACGGUUCUUGAGGACUACCUAAACGGGUUAGAAUCCGAAACAAAUUCAUCCAAGAACAGCAACCCGGAAUCCGAAGCUGGUAAAGAUGCAACGGGAAGUUCAAAAUGGGCUGGUUUUGUUAAGCUGUUUAGUGGAAUUAAUAAGUCUAAGAGGCAUUUAGGUAGAUUGGAUUCCCUCACUUCUUUCAAAUUCUCAAAGAAACUCAGCAGCAGCAGCAGCAUGAGGGAGACAACCGGUAGCGCUUUUAACAUUCUGCAGAACUCUGCAGUUGAUUGUGAUUUCAACUGUUUCAAGCCUCAUUGGAGGAACUUUAGCCUCUCUGAUCUUCAAAUCGCCACCAGCUACUUUCGCCAAGGAAACUUAAUAGGAAAAGGCGGUUAUGCUGACGUGUAUAGAGGGCAUUUACGUAAUGGACAGUUUGUUGCAGUUAAAGUUUUGACAAGAGGACAGCCAGAGGAGAGAAUAGGAGAUUUCUUGUCUGAGCUUGGGAUAAUGGCUCAUGUCAACCAUCCCAAUACUGCUAAAUUGAUUGGCUAUGGGGUUGAAGGUGGAUAUUUUCUUGUGCUUGAGUUAUCACCUCAUGGAAGCCUAGCAUCUAUGAUUCACGUUGCAAAGAAAAAGCUCGAAUGGAGCAUCCGGUACAAGGUUGCCCUAGGCACAGCUAAAGGGAUACAGUAUCUUCACGAAGGUUGUCGGAAGAGAAUAAUCCAUAGAGAUAUUAAAGCUGCAAAUAUAUUGCUUACAAAGGACUUUGAGCCUCAGAUUUGUGAUUUUGGACUUGCAAAGUGGCUGCCGGAACAGUGGACUCACCUCAAUGUGAUGGAAUUCGAAGGGACAUUUGGAUAUCUUGCGCCCGAGUUUCUAAUGCACGGUAUAGUGGAUGAAAAAACAGACGUUUUUGCCUUCGGCGUGCUUCUUUUGGAGCUCAUCACAGGGCGCCGCGCCCUUGAUUACUCUCAACAAAGCCUUGUAAUCUGGGCAAAACCUCUGCUAAAGAAAAACAGAAUUAGAGAGCUUGCCGAUACCUCACUCGGCAAUAACUACAGCCCUUUGCAGAUGAACCUCAUGGUGCUGGCUGCUUAUUUGUGUGUUCAACAGUCUCCAUUAAGGCGUCCUCGGAUCGGUCAGGUUCUGCAGCUUCUGAGAGGGAACUCGGAGAGCCUGGAAUUGAUAAUGAGGUGUAGAAAGCCAUCACAGUGGAAGGGAUACUAUGAACAACUCUUCAUUGCUGAAGGGUAUCAAAAGAAGAGCAACUUAAGCUGUCUCAGUCUGCAGGAACAGAUUGCCAUGGAAGCCCCCAACAGAUGAAUCUUUAAGUGACCCAAGAAGAAGAAGAAGAAGAAGAAGAAGAAGAAGAAGAAGAAGAAGAUUAGAUGGAACCAUAUGAUAUACACUGUAUAUAUGUAAAUGCCAACCAUGAUGAAGUUUGAAAUAUUUACUAGUUUGGUAAAUAUGUAAUUAUUAUGCAUGCAAAAUAUAUGUAAAAGCAUAUUUUGAAAAGGAAGGGGAUGGGAUUGGU